UGUCUCUCUCCGUCAGAGGAGCGUCAGCGGAAGUGAAAUUGGUCUCACGGGUGAAAGUGACGGGAGAACACAUCUGAAGGAUUUCGCUUCUCCUUUUUUCUUUUUUGUUGCUUUUCACUCGCGGUUUCAGGAUCGCAGCGGAAUGUCUGCCCUGUGGGUUUAUCUGCCUUUGGUUGCGUGUCUCCUGCUCGGACAGCAGACUUGUGCCAAAAACGAGGCUCCGUGCCAACUUUCCAAGUGGAACAACGGCUACAGGACUUUCUUAAAGCGACACAUCCGCGACGGCACGCCCCAGUCCCUGGACCAGAACGAGUGGGAGAAGUACAUCCGAAACAACGGCGGCUGUGAUCGGCCCACUCAGUCCUUCCUCAGCCCGAAGGACCUGGAUCGGGUCAAAGCCGUGUGCUCCGCUAAAGGAGGCAAAGUGUACAAGGAGAACCUGUGCAUCAGCCAGGAGCCCUUCACGUUUGUGACGGUGCGGAGCGAGUCCGGGACCUGCGGCAUCCGGAGCGUCAGGCAAGAGAAGAAGCACCUGAUCCUGGCCUGUGAGGUGCUGGACAAUCUAUGCGUCCCGGUGCACUUCGAGGGGAACCCGACCGACCGGAGGCCCAGUAACAACGACCCGAGCUGCCAGGACCCACAGACCCGAGGGCACGCUCCGGUGUGCAGAGCCAGUGCCCUGUGGUUAGGCUCAGUGUUCCUCCUGCUGCUCCUCCUCUAAACAUUUAUUCAUUUCAUCUAAAACAGAUCAGGGUUAUUUUUAUGAAGGUGCAUGUGCCAAUGUCAGCAUCAUCAAUGUAUGUGCCUUUUGGUUUUGAUUUUAAAAUGCGUUUGUAUUUUGUAUUAUUAAGACUUUGAAUGCACCUUGACUUGAACUCAAAGAGGUAUUUUUUUGGUGUGUGUAUGUUGUCAGUGUCAAUA